UUUCCCUACAGACAAAAAUCUGAUGAUAGGCUAUGAAAGUUUUUGCUCCUCGGGACAGAGGAGGAUCGUCUUCCUCUCCCUGGGUCAAGUUGUUGCACAGAGAUUGUCUUAAUAGCUCAUUAUUGGCUCAGCGUCUUCCUACUGCACACUUUUCUUCUUUGACCACUGGAGGCUCCCAGCAGCUUAUGCGUCACUUCAUCUCUCAGUCGCUGAUCAUGGCGGAGCUACCGCUACAGCAUGAAGUGGAGCCUCAACUUCUCAACGGGAACGACUUGAACGAGGAAAGGGAAGACGCAGACGCCUCAGAAUCAGUAAAGAAAAAGAGAAGAAAGAAGAAGCGGAACAAGGCCACCGCACCAGCAGGGACAAAUGAGGCUGAGGGGGAUGGAGAAGCCGGAGGUAUCGGUGAUGUGACAAAACAGUUGGAGCAGCAAACACUGGAGGACAAAGAGAGGGAGGAGGAUGGAGAAGAAGAUGGGGAUGAGGGAGAUAACUCAGCUGGGAAAAAGAAGAAGAAAAAAAAAAAGAAGAAAGGAUUGAAGGGACAGACUGACCCUCCCUCAGUCCCUAUUUGUGAGCUCUAUCCCAGCGGAGACUUUCCAAAGGGAGAGGAGUGUGAAUACCCACCAUCGAAAGACGGGCGCAGUGCAGCGUGGCGGACCACCAGUGAAGAGAAGCGGGCGCUGGACAUGGCCAACGAGGAGAUGUGGAGUGAUUUCCGGCAGGCGGCCGAGGCACAUCGGCAAGUGCGCUCAUAUGUCAGGAGCUGGAUCAAACCAGGGAUGGCCAUGAUUGACAUCUGUGAGAAGCUGGAGGACUGCUCCAGGAGGCUCAUCAAAGAAAACGGGCUAAAGGCAGGCCUGGCCUUCCCAACCGGCUGCUCAAUCAACCACUGUGCUGCUCACUACACCCCAAACGCAGGAGACCCGACCGUGCUGCGCUAUGAUGAUGUCUGCAAAAUUGACUUUGGAACGCACAUCAACGGUCGAAUAAUAGACUGUGCCUUCACUGUCACUUUCAAUCCAAAGUAUGACAGGCUGCUGGAGGCUGUGAGAGAUGCAACUAACACCGGCAUUAAGUUUGCAGGAAUUGAUGUGCGCCUGUGCGAUGUUGGUGAGACCAUUCAGGAGGUCAUGGAGUCUUAUGAAGUGGAGAUAGAUGGGAAAACAUUUCAAGUGAAGCCAAUCAGGAAUCUCAAUGGCCACUCUAUUGGACAGUACAGGAUACACUCAGGGAAGACAGUUCCCAUUGUGAAAGGCGGAGAGGCCACGAGGAUGGAGGAAGGUGAAGCUUAUGCCAUAGAGACAUUUGGUAGCACAGGAAGAGGUGCAGUCCACGAUGACAUGGAGUGCUCACAUUACAUGAAGAAUUUCAAUGUUGGACAUGUACCUAUAAGACUUCCAAGGGCUAAACAUCUGCUGAAUGUGAUCAAUGAGAAUUUUGGCACUUUGGCAUUCUGCCGCCGCUGGCUGGACCGCCUGGGCGAGAGCAAGUACCUGAUGGCGUUGAAGAAUCUGUGUGACCUUGGCAUCAUAGACCCGUACCCACCACUCUGCGACAUCAAGGGCAGCUACACCGCCCAGUACGAGCACACCAUCCUACUCAGGCCUACCUGUAAGGAGGUAGUGAGCCGGGGAGAUGACUACUAAGCACGCGCCAAAUACUCAAGGCAAACCGGGAGGAGCAUGACAGCUCAGAGACCACAAACCUCUGCAGACUCAUAGCAAUUAUGCAAUAUUUCUCAGACCUAAAUUUUCAUGGCUUGAGUACCUUUAGGUAAUUAUUUUAGCAAGGGCAAAAGACUUGUGUCAUGGCAGUAGCUUAUUAGUGCUUUUUUUCCCAAAAGAUCAAGCCAAUAGACAAAGGACAUAUCUUUAAGAAAUGUAGUGUUGUUAUUUUAGUCAUAUUUUGAUGUGCUGCUUUUAAGAAUUAUGCAAAAGAAAUAUAUGCAAAAUAACAGGCGAACACUGCGCCUAAUACAGAUUUGCUUCAUUGCCUUGUUAAGACCUUGUGAGAGAAUUUCUAUAUUUCUUUGCUCCAUUUUAAUUUGAGGCAGUUUUAUAAGAAAUAAAUUGUUAUAAAUCUUG